CCUCAGAAGCUGCGUGGGUCGCUCAGCUCCCUCACGCCAUUGUUGUUGUUGUGAAAAAAGGCAGAACAAAGGACUCCCCACGCUAUGGAACUCUUAUACCUUUGCCGGCUUAGCUGUGUUAUGAUCACGCCCUGAUGGAAUGCUAUUGAAAUUAACCAUAUUAAGGAGCACAGCAGGCGUUAACUGAGCUGGCACACAGUCAAUGACAGAGGCAAGAAGGGAACUGAAUAGCAAACUGAGGCAUCAUCCUUCUCAUAUUUGGUCCUGCUUUCUUGGGCUCAUCCGCCUCCUUUUGCAGAGAGUGGCCACUGCUGAUAAGGUUUCAAUCCCUUCUCUGAAGGCUUGGCGCGGACAUCGCUGUGGCUUAUUUGUUGAAGGGGUUGCUGUGGAUACUGACGGUAGGGAGGCUGCACUGGAGCCAGAGGCAAGAGUGAACAAGCCGCCUGCUGCAGAGAGUGCCGCUAUGGAGCAGAUGAGGCUGAACCAGGCUAAGCAAACAUGAGAUUUACGCCACACUUUCUGUGAAGGCUACAUCCAGCGCAAGAGACUAAGCCCCAUCCACCUACAUAGCUCCUGCUGCACUCCUUGCCUCUCGCCAGUUUCUUCCUGGAUUUUGUGCAGGAGUUGAUGGAAGUGGAGGGUGUAAAGGACCAGCCCAGCCAGAUGUGUUAGCAUCGCAGGUCAUGUGAUUUCUCAUGAGGGUUGGGUGAAGUGGUGGAGGGUCUGCUAGACCCUGGAGCAUCUUUUUGUUUUCUCUGAGACUGCGUGAAUAGCGACGCCUGAAUGAGAAAAAGCAAUGCGGGCAACAGUAAUCCUGGUGCAGGUAAACCCAGGUGAGGCCUUCACUAUUCGACGAGAGGAUGGUCAGUUUCAGUGUAUCACAGGUCCUGCUCAGGUUCCCAUGAUGUCUCCAAAUGGUUCAGUGCCUCCAAUCUAUGUGCCUCCUGGAUACGUUUCACAGAUCAUAGAAGAGAACGGAGUGCGGCGGGUUCUGGUUUUACCUCAGCAACCAGAGUUCCACCCAGGGGGCCACUCCCCUCUCCACCACCCUCCACCUCCACCCCAUGCCCACCUGCCUGCCUUCAUCCCACAUCCUGCCAUGAUGCCCCCACCACCUCACCUGUACACGGGCACACACAUGGCAGGGGGCGUGGGCGACAUGAGCUCUCAGUACAUCUCCCAGUACCAUCCAGCUCAUAUCUACCCAGAGCAGGUCUCUACAGAUUCUCACUCCCAACAUGGACGCCCGCCGUUUGUUCACAGAGACGACAGAACUAGCAAAACAUACGAGCGCCUGCAGAAGAAACUGAAGGACCGUCAGGGAGGUGGGGGAGGAGGGCAGGUGAAGGACAGCCCUCCCCCUUCGCCACAGAAGACCUGCAGCAGCCCCCCGACAGUGGACAUUCACAAUGGCGUCGGAGGGAAAGGGCUGGAGGCGGAGCAGGGGCAGCUCAGCCACGCUGUAGCUGGCCCUGACAAGCAGACAGGCAGGGGGAAAAACGGAGAGUCAGGAGAGCUGGAUGAGGAAGCUCAGGCCCUGCAAGCACUAUUGAGUACCAUCAGUGCACCAGUGGUGUCAGACAUCCAGGCCAGAGGUGCAGUAGCUACCUGGGUUGCGCCCACCAGGCCGGAGGGUGAGAACGGCAGUGCGGAGGACGACUGCAGCCCCCCGGAGCCCUUCAGUUACGAGGUCUCCAUCUCAUUUAGUGGCAAAGAUGGGAAGUACAAGAGCAUGUACUGCGGGGAAGAACUAAGUGCUACUUUAGAAGACCUUCGACCAGCAACAGACUAUCAUGUCAGGGUCCAGGCCAUGUGUAACUGUUUACAGGGAAGCCCGUCGGAGGCUGUGAGCUUCGCUACUUUAAGCUGUGAGCCGGAUCCCCCCAAUGCUCCCAGGAAGGCCAGUGGGACCAAGAACACACUCGUACUCCAGUGGAAGGCUCCAUGUGACAACGGUUCCAAAAUCCAAAACUACAUUCUUCAGUGGGAUGAGGGGAAGGGCACUGGGAUUUAUGAACAGUGCUACUAUGGACCUCAGAAGCAGUACAGAGUGACCAAGCUCACACCAGCUUCAAGAUACUCCUUCCGCCUUGCAGCCAAAAAUGACAUGGGUGUAAGCGAGUUCAGUGAAGUGGUGGACCUGUUCACCUCAUGCAGUGUGCCAUUGCCACCCUUCCCUCCAGAGCUGGAGAUGGCAGGGGUGACCUGGCUGUGUAUGAAGUGGCAGAGGCCCACUAGCUCUCCAAAGGAGGAUGACAUCUACUAUAUUUUGGAGAUGGAGGAGGAAGGCUCGGGAUAUGGCUUCCAGCCAAGCUACGACGGCGAUGAGCUCUCCUGCACCGUCAGGAAUCUCCACAGAAGUACAAAGUACAAAUUUAGGGUGGCAGCAUACAACUCAGAGGGGAAGAGUAACCCCAGCCAGGUGGUUGAGUUCAUCACGAACCCUGACAGACCCAGCAGUCCCUGCAGGCCUGUCAUUAGAGGAAGAGUCCUGCCCAACAGCUUCAAGAUGGCCUGGGAGCCUCCAAAAGAUACUGGUGGAGGAGAAGUAACAAAGUAUGUUGUGGAGCUGUCUGAGGGCUUGAGCGGUAUGUCAUGGGAGCUGGUGUACUCAGGGCCAGCUAUGGAGCACGUGUGUGAAGGCUUGAAGCCCGGGUGCUCCUACCAGACGCGAGUUUACUGCAUGAGCGAGGGGGGGCAGAGCCCGCUGUCGGAGACCCUGCAGGUCCAGACUCCCGCAGUGCCCCCAGGGCUCUGCCAGCCCCCUCGGCUGGUGGGCAAGCCCAAAGCCAGGGAGGUGCAACUGCGCUGGGGUCCGCCUCAAGUAGACGGAGGCAGCCCAGUGUCCUGCUACAGUGUAGAAGUGAGUGGGCCGCCGUCUGAGGAGAGCAGGGAGGUUUACCAGGGUCCAGAGCUGGACUGCUCUGUGGGAGGCUUAAUGCCUGGCAAAACCUACAGCUUCCGGCUCAAGGCAGCGAACAAGGCUGGGUUCGGACCUCUCUCGGAGCGAUGUGAGGUGACAACCGGCCCCGGGGCCCCUGAGCAGUGCAAGGCUCCUUCCACCACAUGCAAGUCCCCCAGCUGCGUUGUUGUGAGCUGGGAGGCCCCUCCUUGCAACGGAGCUCAGGUGACAGAGUUUCGUCUAGAGUGGGGAGCAGCUGAGGGCAGCAUGCAGAUGUGUUACAGUGGACCAGGGCUCAGCCAUGAAAUGAAGGGACUGCUGCCUGCAACCAAUUACUUCUGCCGGGUACAGGCUGUGAAUGUGGCUGGCGUGGGGCUCUUCAGUGAGGCCGUGUUGUGCCAGACGCCCUGUUCUGUGCCUGCAGCUGUCAGCAACAUCUACGCGGUGAAGGAGUCAGAGCUGCAAAGGUACGAGGCUCCAGUGGACGCAGAUGAAGACGAUGAAGAUGAGGAUGGUGAUUCCCGACCACCACCACUUUACUCCCCGUCAACCUGCCUGGGCAUUAGCUGGGACCCUCCAUGUGAUCACGGCUCUGAGAUCACGUCCUACCUGAUUGACCUCGGCGAGCGCCAGCCCGUUGUCGUUGGUCCCGUCACCAAACACAUCAUCCAGCAUCUGCAGCCUGACACCAGCUACAGGAUCCGAAUCCAAGCCCUGAACAGCCUGGGAGCAGGCCCCUUUAGUCACACCUUUAAGCUGAAGACAAAGCCCCUGCCCCCACAGCCACCACGCCUGGAGUGCACUGCCUUCAGCCACCAGACCCUCAGGCUCAAGUGGGGCGAUGGCCCAGUCAAAGCCGCCACCUCAGAUGCCCUCCAGUAUCAGCUGCAGAUGGGGGACAAGAGCGGCAGAUUUAUAUCCUUGUAUAAAGGACCAUGCCACACACACAAAGUCCAGAGGCUUAAUGAGUCUACCUCUUAUACGUUCCGCAUCCAGGCCUUUAAUGAGGCGGGCGAAGGGCCCUUCUCUAAUGUUUACACAUUCACCACCCCACGCUCUCCUCCAGCCCCUGUGAAAGUCCCUAAAGUGGAGCGUCUGGAUGACAAUUCCUGCGAAGUCACAUGGGAGGCCCUGCCGCCCAUGAAGGGGGACCCGAUCAUCUACACCUUGCAGUGCAUGAUGGGAAACUCUGAGUUUAAACAGGCCUACAAAGGCUCUGCCACAUCCUUCCAUGUCCAGAACCUGCAGCCCAACAGUGACUACCGUUUCCGGGUGUGUGCUAUCAGGCAGUGCCAGGACGCCCCUGAGCUGAGCGGCCCCUACAGCCCCACAGUGACCCUCUCCCCCCAGAGAAACGACAUGGCGGUGGGCAGCAGUGCGGCCGGUUCGGGCUCCAGAUCCAGCACGGAGUCCAACCGAGCCAGACGGAGCUUGACGGACGAGCAGUGUGCUUUCCUCCUCCUCAUGGUUUUUGCCGUCAUUGCCAUCCUCAUCGCUUUUGUCAUCCAGUACUUUGUCAUUAAAUAAGGAGUUUGCGCCACCCAGCUGCAGGGUUAUAGCUUUAUUCUUUCCCCCCUCUCUCUGUUGUUUUGUAUUCUUCGUUUUGUACUUUUCGUUUUCAGAGUAAUCGCAUUAGCCGCAUUGGGGUGCAGCGGGAGGGAGGGAGGGCUGGUGAGUGACAGCUGAAUAGCAGUUAAAAAUGGAGGAUGUAACACCUUAUUUGGCACCUGUGAUACCUCCCUGACUUUACUGCCUUUGUUGCCCCGUCCAAACUUUGUGGUAUCUGUUGUUCCGCUCUGAUUUCUGUUUCAUCAUGGUCAGCUUCCUGUGCAAAAGGAACCUGGAAAGAGCACGGAUGUGGUUUAUUUUGGGAGGAGGAUCAGGGAGGGAAAAGGGGCGCUUUGACUCAUGUACUUGUUGAUUACAGUAUAUAUAGAUAUAUAUACAGAUAUAUAUAUAUGUGUAUAGAAAUAGUCAUUAUUUAUAUUUCCAUUUAUGUGUCCAGUAUAAAACUGUUUUGAUAGAUGUGUUCCAAAAAUAGUAUGUAGGUGUGUCAUUAGCCUAUGUGCUAUUUGAUCCUGGGACCUGGUGGGCCAGUGUUUGCACAGUGGGGUGUGUGUCCAGAUGUGUAUACUGUAUGUAGUUAGUGCCACAGAGGUACACGGCUGGGAGGGCUUCAGGGCCAGAUGAAGGGACUUAACCCCCUGCUGGAGUUUAAGGGGUCUAGUGAGAGAAGAAACGUAAAUGAAAAUCUUGUUCACACUAUAGAGCGUUCAUUUAGCACUUUCCAACCUUUUUGAUGUUCAGAAUGUUUAAGGAUGCAAAAAUGACUGGAGAAAUGUUAGUAUAUUUUUGUACAGUGAAGACACAAGGACCUGUAAGUUUGAGGAAAAAAUUGCUCAGUAUAAAGUUAGAAAACAAACAAAAACCAAACUAACAGUGAAAUCUAAUUAUUUUUACUAUCAUAUAGUUAUACUGCUGCUUUACUCCGAAAUAUUGUUGUUCAGCACAAAAAAUGUAUGCUUACCUGUAUGUUUUGUUUUAUUUUGUUUUUUUGUUUUUCCCCAGUAAUUGAUUUUGCACCUUAGUGAAAGAAAACCUUGACUGACUGCGUCUUGGUCUUGUGAUGCAUUUUAUAGAACACACUUUGAGAUUGUGCAACCCUACUUGUGUUUUGGGUGUUUUAAAAGUUGUAGUACCACAUAAUGUGUCACUGAAACAGCUGAUCUAUCUCAGCAAAAAAAAAAAGAGGGGGAAAAAAGAGAAAAAAAAAGUAUGUACCAGUUGUUUCAGAGGCCUUAAUUGGAGAGGAAAAAAAUCUCGGGAGAAUUUUCUUAAUUUCUCUUAAGUUUUGAUGUUUUUUCUUUUAGUGUUAGUAAACUAUAAAAUGUGUUUUAUUUACUUUUAUUUUUGCAACAUUUAUUUGAUGUUAGUAAACAUACGUAAUCGGGAGAGAAAUGGAAAGUAGUUCUAUGUAUUACUUAUGAUUUAUUUGAUUUCUUUUGUCAGGUCAUACAUGUGUGAAGUAUAUUUUUUUAUAAUAUUGAAGUAAUAUAAGUUAAUACUCUCCAGAGAAAAUAAUAAAUCCUGAGUACUCAUGAAUCAUGGAACACAAAUGGCAGAUACAAAAUGUGUUAUAUCAUAUACUUCCUGUGAAUCUAAAUUUGCCUUUUCUCUGUGUGUUAAGUAUUUGUAACAGAUUUCUAACGCUGAGUUUUCAGUGGUAAUCUGGCUGUAGGGUCUGGUGUUGUUUGGUUUUGGGCAAAAAACUGCUGUUGCAACUGUAAAAAUGAAAUACAGGUACCUUGCAAAACGUCUUGGAUAAUUACAUGAUUUGGUCUUUCAGACAUUCUGCAAAUGUCUUCUCUUUGUCAUUUAAUGAAUUCAAAUUCCUAUUUUUGAUAGCGAUUGCAACGUGUGCCAUUUUAACACCUCUUCACCCUGGGCUUACUACCUUUGGUUGGGGAGAUUAACAAAAUGCUACAAAAAUGAGUAAAAUAUGCACAAAAAUAGAGACCAUUUUUAUGUAAUUUUAAUGUUUGCAGUUACCUCAUACACCGUACAUUCCAAAAUGAAAAUUUGUUAUACUAUACAUACUACCAGACAUAUCACUUUAAAAUGUUCGUUAUGGGAAAAAUGUAUAAUCAUAGAUAUGUAUCUAAAGUGUAUCUGUAUAGCCAUGAUAUCUACAAAGGAUCCAUGCACAAUAAAAGAUUUAUAAUUCUUAA